CGCCCCGAGGGCCCCGCAAGGCCCCCAAAGGCCCCAAGACGCAGCGCGCAGUGAGUGGGGAGUGGUUGGCCGGCGCCCCGCGGCCGCGCACAGCUCCAGACAGCCACGAUGCCGCCCGCGACGGCGGCGACCACGGUCUCCCUCCGGGAGCUGGCGGACCUCUCCAUCGGCACCCCGGAGGUGGGCGCCGUCAACUUCAACGCCUUGCACACGCUCAUCGUGGCCAUGCUCAAAAACCUCGACCUCCAAAAUACCCAGAUCGACUUCCAGGCCCCGUCGCCCGAGCCCAGCCGCUCGCUGCAGUCCUCCCGGGGCUCGCUCAGCACCCCGAGCCUGCCCGCGCCCAAGGAGGCGCCCAAGGAGGCGCCCCGGGAGAAGCGCAGGAGCGUGAGCCGGACGCCCUCGUCGGCGCUGGAGAGCCAGGUGAAGGACCUGGGCGGCCAGGUGGAGGACCUGAGCAAGCAGCUCAAGCGCAUGGAUGGCCAGGUGCAGGGCAUCGCCACGCACGUGCAGCACUUCUCCCAGGCCACCGGGCUCCACCUGGCAGUGCCAGAGUGGCUGCAGGAUCAGGAGGUGGGCGCGCGGGGGCCGGAUAGUGUGCGGACUGGGAGUAUCAUGAAGGACACCACCGCCGAGGAGCUCAGCAUCGCCAGGGUACUUUUACAGCGGGUUGAUGAACUAGAGAAGCAAAUCAAAGAUCGGGAACAGUUCCUGGAACUGGUCAGCCGGAAGCUCAGUUUGGUUCCCGGUGCAGAAGAAGUCACCAUGGUCACCUGGGAAGAGCUGGAGCAGGCGAUCACGGACGGCUGGAGAGCCUCGCAAGCGGGCUCAGAAACACUCAUGGGAUUUUCUAAGCGCAGAGGGUUCACCUCCUUAACAUCACCUGACGCAACUGUAAGCGGAGCCUCUACCAAGCAACCAAGUAUUGACCAGGCUCUGGAUUCUGCCAGGGGUCUUGGCCCGGAUCAGACUGCAUCAGGGUCUAGUGGCACAGCACACCCCUCUGAUGGGGUGACUGGUAGAGAACAAAGCAGGGCGCCCCCUGGUGCUGGUAGACAGCAGCAACCAAGGGCCCGCAAUGAGGCUGACAUGCCACAACUCCAACCAUCUUCUGUAUUCCGACUCAAAUUAGACUCGGAUCGUCAAAGAAGUAAAGAGAAACUUACCUCGACACAUCCAAGAAGAGAUGAACAAGAUGCACGUCCUGGCCCAGCUCAACAGGACUUAACCUCGGCCAGCGGCCAGCCCAGCAGGGUGACCACUAGCCAGAGUCAGGUCCGUGCAAGGUCAGAUCGCCAUGAGUUAGAACCAACUGGCAUGGAUCAGCCUGGAUUCAUGCAUGCUAGCACUUACCCGCAUGGUGUGGUCCCCCUCAACAUGGGUCAGCUUGGUGUACUGCCACCUGAAAUGGAUGAUCAGGAACUGGUACCACUUGUCAUGGAUCAGAAAGGUACGGUGCCACCAUCAGUACCUGGCAGAGACCAGCAAGGAAUGGAAAUACCUAGCACAGACCGACAUGCUGUGGUUCCACUCAGCCCAUAUCAGCCUGGUAUGACACUUCCUGGCACAGACCAACGCAAUAUGGAACCACUUGUAACAGAUCAGCAUGGAUUUGCAAUAUCAAUCACGGGUCAGGAAGGACAGGUACCCCCUGAUAUGGACCAGCAAGGAUUGGUAUGGCCUGGCAUAGAUCAACAUGGACUGGUUCCACCUUUUACAGACCAGCAUGGUGUGGUACCACCUAGUUUGAUACCAAUUAGUGCAGAUCAGCAAGGUUUUGUGCAUCCCAGUUUGGAAGCAACUGGCUUCAUACAGCCUGGAACAGAGCAGCAUGAUUUGAUCCAGUCUGGCAGAUUUCAGCAUGGUUUGGUGCAGCCUGGUGCAUAUCCACCUGGCUUGGUCCAACCUGGUGCAGAUCAGCAUGGUUUGGUCUGGCCUGGAAUGGAUCAGUCUGGUUUGGUCCAGCCUGGCACAGGUCAGCGUGGUUUGGUCCAAUCUGGAGUCGAUCAGAAUGGUUUUAUGCAGCCUGGCACAGAUCAGUUUGGUUUGUUCCAGCCUGGUACACAUCAGUAUGGUGUGAUCCAACCUGGAGGUCAGCGUGACUUAGCACAAUAUGCUGCAGAUCAGCUCGGUUUGGCACAACCUGGCGUAGAUCAGCGUGGUUUGGCGCAACCUGGCGUGGAUCAGCGUGGUUUGGCGCAACCUGGCGUGGAUCAGCGUGGUUUGGCGCAACCUGGCGUGGAUCAGCGUGGUUUGGCGCAACCUGGCGUGGAUCAGCGUGGUUUGGCGCAACCUGGCGUGGAUCAGCGUGGUUUGGCGCAACCUGGCGUGGAUCAGCGUGGUUUGGCGCAACCUGGCGUGGAUCAGCGUGGUUUGGCGCAACCUGGCGUGGAUCAGCGUGGUUUGGCGCAACCUGGCGUGGAUCAGCGUGGUUUGGCGCAACCUGGCGUGGAUCAGCGUGGUUUGGCGCAACCUGGCGUGGAUCAGCGUGGUUUGGCGCAACCUGGCGCCGUUCAGCCCGCAGUUCAGCCCGGUUUGGCCCAACCUGGUGCAGUUCAGCCCGGUUUGGCCCAACCUGGUGCAGUUCAGCCCGGUUUGGCCCAGCCUGGUGCAGUUCAGCCUGGUUUGGUCCAACGUGGAGUGGAUCAGCGUGGUUUGGCGCAACAUGGUUCAGUUCAGCGUGGUUUGGCUCAACCUGGUUCAGUUCAGCAUGGUUUGGUCCAACCUCUUGCAGUUCAGCCUGGUUUGGUCCAACCUGGAGUGGAUCAGCGUGUUCAGCAUGGUUUGAUCCAACCUGGAGUGGUUCAGCAUGGUUUGGUGCAACCUGGAAUGGAUCAGAGUGGUUUGGUCCAACCUGGUGCAGAUCAGCCUGGUUUGGUCCAGCCUGGUGCACGUCAACGUGGUAUGGUGCAGCCUGGAAUAGAUCAGCAAGGUUUGGUGCAACCUCAGGCAGAUCCACAUGGCUUGGUACAACCUGGUGCCUAUCCUCCUGGUUUGGUACAACCUGGUCUAGAUCCUCGUGGUUCAGUCCAGGCUGGUGUAUAUUUGCAUGAUUUGUUUCAACCUGGGACAUACCCACAUGGUCUGAUGCAGCCUGGAAUGGAUCAGUAUGGUUUGAGACAACCAGGUGCAUAUCAUCGAGGCUCGAUAGCACCAGGCACAGAGCUUCGUCGCUCUUCAGCAUUCCAGGCAGAUUCUACAGGUUUUAUAUCAGCACGUCCAUAUCCACAUGGUGUGGUGCCUUCUAGCAGAGAACAACACAGCCAGGUGUCACCACUCCUAACCACUCAAGGUUUGGCAUCACCUGGUGUAGGCCGAAGGAGUUUGGUACCACCAGAAACUUAUCAGCAAGGUUUGAUGCAUCCUGGCACUCUGAUACACCAGCGUGGCCCAACAACAGUGAGCACAGGCUUAGAAUCUACACGCCCAGAUCAACAGCAUUUGACACCACCUGGCCCAGGUGAGCACGACCAGGUACGCCCAGAUGCAGCUCAGCGCAGCCGUGCUUUCUCUCUCGCAGACAGCCGUGAUUCAACGCAUCCUGGCUAUGGUGGCCCAAGGUACCUAAGUGCUGAUCAGCAUAGCCAGGAAGGUUUGGAUCCAAUUAGAACACAAGCCUCAGACCAGCCUGGAACUGCUGCCCAGAUGGCCCCAGACCAAGAUAUCACCCUUUUCAGGAGUCCAGAUUCCUUCCGAGUGUCAUCAGAAAGGAGCGAAGUGUUGAGUGAGGUCCCAAGUGAGCACCGUGAUUCACUGAAUAGAAUGAGCUCUAGUUUCCCCGCGGCAGUGGAAACGUUUCGUCUGAUGGGAGAGCUCAGUGGCCUCUAUCUGGAGCUAAAGGAGAGUAUGAAGGAUCUGGAUGAGGAGGAGAUCGGCCAAACCGAGAUGGAGAAGAUACAGUUCCUGCUGGCGAAGAUGGUCAAAAAGGUCAUCCCUCCUGACCUGCAGGAACAGGUGAAGACUGUAAAGACUUUAGCCAAAGAAGUUCGGCAGGAAAAAGCAAAAGUGGAAAGGUUGCAAAGGAUCCUGGAGGGGGAACCAGGGCAGGAACUGAAAGCUGGCGACCUGAGCUUGCAGCUGGGUGUCCUCAGAGUCACCGUGGCUGACAUCGAGAAGGAGCUGGCCGAGCUGAGGGAGAGCCAAGAGACCGGCAAGGCCGCCAUGGAAAAUUCCGUCUCCGAAGCCUCCCUUUACCUGCAGGACCAGUUGGACAAGCUCAGGACGAUCAUCGAGAGCAUGCUGGCCUCCUCCUCCACGCUCCUGUCCAUGAGCAUGGCCCCGCACCAGGCUUGCACCUUGGAUCCUGGCCGGAUUGACCCUGAGGCCACCUGUCCAGCCUGCAGCCUGGACGUGAGCCAUCAGGUCAGCACGCUGGUGCGGCGCUACGAGCAGCUCCAGGACAUGGUCAACAGACUGGUGGUCUCCCGGCCCUCCAAGAAGGCCAAGCUCCAGAGACAGGACGAGGAGCUGCUGGGCCGCGUGCAGAGUGCCAUCCUGCAGGUGCAGGGCGACUGCGAGAAGCUCAACAUCACCACCAGCAACCUCAUCGAGGACCAUCGGCAGAAGCAGAAGGACAUUGCUAUGCUGUACCAGGGUCUGGAGAAGCUGGAAAAGGAAAAGGCCAACAGGGAGCACCUGGAGAUGGAGAUCGAUGUGAAAGCCGACAAGAGUGCUCUGGCCACCAAAGUGAGCCGUAUCCAGUUUGAUGCCACCACAGAGCAGCUGAACCACAUGAUGCAGGAGCUGCUGGCCAAGAUGAGUGGGCAGGAGCAGGACUGGCAGAAGAUUCUGGACAAGCUGCUCACAGAGAUGGACACCAAGCUGGACCGCCUGGAGCUGGACCCACUGAAGCAGCUACUGGAAGAUCGGUGGAAAUCGCUGCGACAGCAGCUCAGAGAGCGCCCCCCGCUCUACCAGGCAGAUGAGGCGGCCGCCAUGAGGAGGCAGCUUCUGGCACAUUUCCACUGCCUCUCAUGUGACCGGCCCUUGGAGACAACCGUGACCGGACAAGCCAUCCCCGUGACCCCCGCAGGUCCAGGCCUACCCGGGCACUGUUCCAUCCGCCCCUACACGGUAUUUGAACUGGAGCAGGUCCGGCAGCAUAGCCGCAACCUCAAGCUGGGCACUGCCUUCCCUCGGGGUGACCUGGCGCAGAUGGAGCAGAGCGUGAGGCGCCUGCGCUCCAUGCACUCCAAGAUGCUGAUGAACAUCGAGAAGGUGCAGAUCCACUUCGGAGGCUCCACCAAGGCCAGCAGCCAGGUUAUCCGCGAGCUGCUGCAGGCCCAGUGCCUCAGCUCCCCAUGCUACAAACGGGUGACAGAUACGGCCAAUCACACCUACUCAACUGUGCCCCGGCGCUGCGGGGGCAGCCACACCCUCACCUACCCCUACCACCGCAGCCGCCUGCAGCACCUGCCCCGGGGUCUGUAUCCCACCGAAGAGAUCCAGAUUGCCAUGAAGCAUGAUGAGGUGGACAUCUUGGGCCUGGAUGGCCACAUUUACAAGGGACGGAUGGACACAAGGCUGCCAGGCAUCCUCAGCAAAGACAGCUCACAGACCUCAAAGCGCAAGUCCAGGCAGCCCCGGCCGAAUGUGCACAGGCAGCCCUCCCUCAGCACCGGUGGCCAGCUGCCCUCUCGGCCUCAGAGCGCCCAGAUGUCGGCUGGCAAUACCCCAGUUUUUUUGCAUCAACAGAAAGAUAGACCUUCCUCUGACGGGCGUCUCCCCCUGCCGAACACAACGCACCCGCUCAGCCCCGCCGAGGUGGCAAAUGGGGGACCGGAGAGGCGCGUGGACGUGCUUCCUGGGGACGGGCUCGAGGAGCCCACCCGGGGGCCGAGGUCCACCAAUGCUCAGUGAGCAGAGGUGUAAAUAAACGUUCAGG